AUGCUGGUCCCGACCGCUUCCGGACCCUGCCUGUCCUCCCCGGCUCCGCCGACACCUACGUCCACAACGGCGCCUCCUCACCUCAUCCGCCUCCCUCCCCUCACAACCCACCCCCGCGCGCGCCGGUGCCGGUGCCGCGCCAGGCCGCCGAGAGCGGGACCGGCGCCCACGCCUCCGCCUCCGCCGGCGCCGUCGUCUCGCCUGGCGAGGGACCGCGUGAUCGAGUUCGGCAAGCACAGGGGCCAGAUGCUGGGCACGCUGCCGCCGUCGUACCUCCGGUGGGUCGCGGCCGAACUCGACUACGGGGACACCGCGCCCUGGGCGGACCUCGCGCGCGACGUCCUCGACGACCCCGUCUACGUCGACCGCGUCGAGUGGGAGCACGCGCACCGCUUCCUCCGCGGUGAUGCCGACGGCUACGACUACGCUUUCGACGACGGCGGCGACGGGCCGCUCCAGGAGAUGGCCGAGCGCUUCGGAUGGGACCUCUCCGACGAGGAGGGGUGGGGCCGCCUCGAUUUCCGCCUCCUCGGCACAUCCUACGGCGGCCGCAUUCCAAGGAAGGGCGCCCGCAAGAAGCAAAGCAACAGCAACAGCUCCACCGGCGGCGGCGCCAAGAAGGGCUCCCUGUUCGACGCCGCCGGGGCUGACCCGGGCGGCACCGGGGCGAAGUGCGACGAGAGGAGGGAGCGGGUGCGGAUGAGGAGGGAGGAGCAGGUGAGGACGGCCAAGAUGGACAUGCUCGGGGUGAAUGCCGGCGUGGCGGACGGCGGUGUCCUGGGGUCGUCGUCGGCCAGGAACCAGGCUCAGAUCAGGACGGCCAAGAAGGAGAUUUUGGGGCUGGGUCGGGGCAGCCGCGCCGGCGAGAUGCUCGACGUGAAGAGGACGCCGGGGAAAGGCGGACAGGGCGCCAGUCCCUUCCCCGGCCGUCAAGCAUUCCUCGACAAGGUCAGGAAGCUCAAAGGUGAUGAAUGA